AUGUCAACCACAGCGGCCCCAGGACGCUCGAUUUCACUUCACCAUUUGCGCACCACCAGGGAGUGGCUGCGUGCGACACCAGUUGCUGAGAGCGACUCGCAAGGGAAUGCUUUGCCUGUGAGUUGGCAGUUUGCAUUUGUUCCCUUGUCAUUUCAAGUCCUCAGUGUCAGAGACUGGGUUGCAUUUGAGAGAGGGGAGCUCUGGUCCUGGCGCAUCGUCCCUGUGGCGCCUACCGGGGACACCUGGCAGUCCGGGAAUUUGCUGCGCCGCUGCCUGGACCCGGCGGUGGUGGUCCAGGGCCCGGGCCAGGAACUGCACGGCAGGGAUUUCCACCUGCUGGAGCCGCAUGGCACGGUGCUGCUGAUCAACGUGGAACUGAAGGCUCCAAAUGGCAACCUGGAAGCCAGCAUUUGGUACGAGAACUCCGAGGGUUCCGCCUGCCUCGUUGCGGACAAACGUCCAGCCACUCAGGAGAACAUCUUGGCUGCCCUCCAGUGGUCCCGUGACCUCUCCAUCGACGCGGCCCGGGCGCUGUGGGAGGAGGGGCUCAGGGCCCGAUGCCCAGCGUGGUGGCGCAAUUGGGCGCAGAGGGAACGGAGGUGCGAAAAACGCGUGGCCUGGAUGUCCAAGCAUCUCCCCACAUCGACCCAUGGGCUACAUGAUGACGGGUCACCCACCCCCAGCACCUCCAAGACGACAAAGGACGAGGCGCUGCAGCUGCUGGAUCAACUGACGGCAGCGCUGGAGAAACAUCAGGCGCUGCUCAGCAGCUGCCGCCGAGAAUCCACCGUGAAGCUGUCACUGACCGAAGAUUUUCAGUUCAUGCCGCCUAAGGCCAUACAGCUAAUCGGCACCCUGGUGGAGGAGGAGGUGGUGGCCCGGGGCCACGACCUGCAGGGCUUGUGGUCGGCCCUGGCACCACAUUUGGCGACCGCUGAGCUGCGGGCGGCGCUGGGGCGGCUGCGCCGCAGCUUGGAAGGAGAGCCGGGAGCCAAGCCAAGGCGGCAGCGUCAGCUGGCCGUGCAGAGCCAAGGUGGACAGAUUGCAGCCUGUGGCACCAAGCUGGUGGCCGGCAUGCGGGUGAUGUUGAGAUGGAGACCUGGCAGCGUGGGUGCUACACAUUUGGCGUAUCUCAAUGGACACGUUGGAAUCUUGAAUUCUUGGGAUGGUGGCUCCCAGCGCUGGCAGGUGGGCUUUGAGUCCUUUGAUGGUCAUUUGGACGUGUCGGCUGAAAACCUCCAGCUGUGCAGUGAGAAACCUGAAGGCCAUAUGCAGAGGGAGGAACUGCAGUGUGAGAUGUGCCUGGGUCAUUUCUUGGAGGCGCAGCUCAUGACUCUGCCCUGCCCUGAUCACCAUGGCUACUGUCAGACCUGCUUGCGCAAGUGGGUGUUGACUCAGCUGGUGCCUCGUUGCUACAAAUGUUUGGACGAACUUGGUGUCUUGACUUUACCACAGGGAGCCACCGAACCUUGGUGCGGAGUCGUCACAGGAGAGGCCGAGGCCAGUUCAGCAUAUCGAAUCAGCAAGGAGGACGUGGAACAGCUGCAGUGCAUUUGUUGUUUCCAGGUCUCCUGUGGCGCCCGCUGCGUCAUCAUCGGCUAUCCGGGCUUGGUGGGAGAACGCUGCACAGUGGGACGAGUGGAAAAGACGAAGACCAGUUCCUUCGCCGUGGUCUAUUUGUCCAAUGGAUGUCGCAAGGAGCUGGAUUUGGGGUGUUUGGUAGUGGAUGAUUGCCUUUCAUCAGGGCGCCAAGCCAGGGGUGAGGCAUGCCCCUCCAAGACCGAACGCCUGGGCUUGGGGUUGAGCGUGGCGAGCUUGGGCUGUGCCUGUGUGGUGAAACAAGCCAUGGACGAGAUGUUUGUGGAACAGCUGGCUAUGCCGUUUGACUGGUUGGUGUCCCGGGUGGAGGGCCUCAUCUACUUCUUGCGGCAUGGCUUUCGUGACUUCAGCCACUAUGAUGACGUUAAGGUGGUGGGUGAGCACGGCUACACCUCCUACCGCUCCGCCUACCAUGCCUUCCCGCACCACGACCUCUCCGCCAGCGGCGCCAAGGACGCUUUCGCCCGCCGAGGCGCGCGGCUGCUGGAGCUCAUUCGCGCGGGGCGCGAGGGCGGCUCGCGGCCGCUGCUGCUGAUCCGCGUCUGCGCCAGGUCGGAGGAACUGGAGCAGAGUGAGGAACUUUAUCAUCUGCUGAAAUUGAUGGGAGGACAAAAGCUGUUUCUGCUGGUGGUGAUCACUGAGCAGGUCCAGUACCUGGGAGCUGUUCAGCAUAUCAAGCAUAGCAACUUGAUCCUCUACGUGUGCAAGCCAGGCUGCUCGGACCUGGUGGACGCGGUGCGCUUCGGCAUGGACUACGUCUACGCCGCGGUGUCCUUCGGACGUCACGCCGUGGAGGACGCGGCCGGCAGGGUGAGCCCGGCGUCGCCGGUGCCGGAGGCGCAAACCUUGAGGCAGAUGCUGAGAGCGCACAGGCAUUGGCUGACUCGAGAUCGGAGAGGCUUAUCUCCGACCUCCGACAUCGAUGGCUGCUUUGAGAAUGGUCCUGGAGCUUUUUUCCCGGGCCGCUUCAAGGGGUCUGAAGCUUCUCCUUACUAUUCACAGCAGCUCGAAAAGCUUGUGCUUUCGGCUUCCGCCAGCGAUGUCAUGGACUUUCUCACUGCCAGGCCCGAUGCCGUGGACGUCAACGCCUGGCGCGGCAACGGCGAGACGGUGCUCUUCGUCGCGGCGCGCCAGGACGACGCCGCGGUGCUGGCGGCGCUGCUGCUGGCGGCGGCGGACCCCAACUGCCGCGCCAGGGAUGGGCGCCGGGCCCUGCAACACGGCGAGAACCGGGCCGUGAAGGCGCUACUUCGCAGUGCUGCCGGUGACAGCAUCCGCAUGACCGAAACCGUGGAAGCUCUGGAGGCGGUGCCGGAACCGCUGCGGCGGCAGCUCUGUGGGCUGCUGGGGCUCUUUACGGCACCAGAGCUCUGGGCGCCGGGAACAGCAGGAGCGUCGUCUCCGGUGGCAUCCUCGGCGCAGCUGCUGUGGUCCCCGCCGCUGGCGCAGCAGUUCAGCGCCUGCGGCGCUACGGAGGCGCUGCAGGUGCCGCAGCGCGGCGCGGGACGAGCGCUGGAGGAGCGACGGCAGAUCUUUCGCCGACUUCUGCGCUCCUGGCAUCCUGACAAGCAUCAUGCAUCCAGGGAUCAGAGCAAGGCCAAUGAGAUUUUUUGCUUCAUCCAAAAGCUGCGCGACGUCUUUCUCCAAGAAGGCUCUACCUGA